AUGUCUACACGUUGGUAUCCUAUUUAUCAAAGGGGCAAUCCACAGCUGAGAGUUUUUCUUCCUAAUUUCUGGAUGAAAAUGGUGCAGCCACAGGCAAAACAAUUACCAAACAUUGUUCAAUUCCAUUGCUCCAUGGAGAUGACAAAAUUUGACAUAAAAAAUUACUUGGAAAAAAUAUAUCACAUCCCUGUAGUUGAUGUAAGAACCAAAAUAGCUAUAGGUAAAUUCCGACGAGAUGUCGGUAAAGGAUACGUAAUCAAAGACGAUGAUUUUAAAACAGCUUAUGUUACAUUGCCAAAAGAUAUGAAAUUUGAAUAUCCAGAUAUAUUUGCGAAUAAAAAGGAUGAUGCGGAAGAGCAACAAAAAGCAUUGGGUGAUGCAAAGAAAAAUUUCCAAAACUAUUUAGAUCGCAAUAAACACAGGACAGAUGUUCCCAGCUGGUUCACUAUAUGA